UAGGGCUGUGGUGUGCACGACCCGCAGGGCUGUUUGACAGGCACUCUGGACACAGAGAGACAAGUCGCCUCACCGUGACACGCUGGCUGCAUCAUACCGACUUUGACCUAACAGCAGAUUACGGGGUACGGAAAUGAUCUUCUCCUGCGUACCGUCAUCAACAUAAUUGAGUUUGCUUCAAGGACCAUAUGCUAUUCUGCCUUAUUCUGUCCUUGUAAAUAAGCUUGUGGCAGCAUCCACAGAAUGCUGUAUUGAACUAGACAGAGAUUGGUUUGUAACGGGAUUGAGAAUCGCAGUGACAGAGGACAGACGCACGGACGUUAUGGUGAAUACAUAAAUUAGAAACCCUAUCGCAACAUUUAGACUACCACUGGAUCUAUACUCUUCAUUUUGUGAGGAGCCAAGAUUGUGAAUGAUAGCUGUAUCAGACCGAUUCUUAUUUCAGAGUUGCGUCUUUCCAUUAGGUUCAGACAAAUAUUUCCGUAUAUGCGGUAACGGAUUGUAUUCGACUCUCCCUUGGAUUACUCUCUUAUGACUCCUAUUUGAGACAGUGUAGUGUAAUUUCAGCAAACCCCAUGCAGUGAUACAACUCGUUCACUACUCAUCAUUGGUCCUCUUCUCUCCCCUUGGAUCUUUAUGUAUGCCGCAGUGGGCUCUGACAUAAAUAUGGCGAGCCUCGACCUCCUUCACAGACAGGUGAAUGGAUGGACACACAAAGGCACAAGGAUCUCAGCUCAGAGAGUGAAUUAAAGCCUCUUCCAUCUGCACAGCAGGGGAAAGGGCCUCUGUGGAGCCGGGAAGGCACAAGCCAGAGGUCGAUAGCGAGAGAGAAGUAAUGCUGCUUCGGUGAUUGUCUUUCGGUCUGAGCCACUCACCUUUCCUGCCAUGGCGCUACGGUCAGCUCUCUGUCCUCCUGAUGCUCUCUCAGUGGGAACGUAGAGAGACACACACUGGAGACACACUCUCCAGCUCCACACACACCCACACACCUCCACGAGGAGUGUGGACAGACCACAUGCAGAGAUCUCAUACACACACACACUCAGGAGCACAACACACCUUUGUUGUAUGUUUUUGCCUGAUAGGUCAUUAUUUGUCCCUUCCCAGAAUUGGAUUAAGAUUUUAUAUUGUGACACUCUCUGCUGUUUGAUUGGACCUCUCAGAAACUUUAGGGUUGUUGUCCUGCUGCUUUAUGGUUGUGUCUCUCUGGGACGUUGUGACUGAGUGGCAGGUAGAGCCAGCAUGGCUAGGCCUUUGCUGAAGAUUCAGCGCUACUUCCGGAGGAAACCUGUGCGCUUCUUCUCCUUCAUCCUCCUCUACUUGACAGCUGGGAGCCUGGUGUUCCUGCACUCUGGCUUCGUAGGGGACAACUCCACAGGGGCCAAUGGGGGCCGGGACCCCCUGGUAGCGUCUGAGAUGGGGAACAGGGUGGCCUCCUCAGAUGGCCGGCGGGUAGGGAUGAUGGGAAGGGUGUUCAAGGAGAACCGCAGACCCACCCCGAGGAGGUACGGCCCUCCAUGGAUGAAAGGAGCUGCUGGGAAGGACAGCCAUGAUUGGAGGGCCCGGGGAGGAGACUACACAAGCAGCUGGAACCGCGCCCUCAAAGGACGCAACGCCAAAGAUCUGGACGACGGACGGGCGAAUUACAUCGGCUGCUAUAUAGACAACACGGCGAAAAGAGCACUCAGGGGAGUGUCCUUUUUUGACUACAAGAAAAUGACGGUCUUCCGUUGCCAGGACAACUGUGCUGAAAGGGGAUACCUGUAUUCAGGCCUAGAGUUUGGGGCGGAGUGCUACUGUGGCCACAAGAUCCAGGCCCCCAAUGCAUCUGAGAGUGAAUGCAACAUGGAGUGUAAGGGCGAGAAGGGCAACCUGUGUGGAGGGGCCAACCGCCUGUCAAUCUACAGACUGGAGCUGAGCCAGGAGUCAGCGCGCCGUUAUGGGAGUGCCAUCUUUAAGGGGUGCUUCCACAGACCUGACAACGUCACCCUCGCCCUGCCCAUCAGCGCUGUCAUCCAGAACAUGUCAGUGGAGAAGUGUGUGGACUUUUGCACAGAGAAGGAGCUGUCUCUAGCGGUUCUAGCUGGAGACAGGUGUCUCUGUGGGUUCCCCACCCCCCACUUCUCCCUCCAUGAGAUGGAGGAUGAGGAAAUGUGCCUGCACCGCUGCCAUGGUGAAGAGUUUGAGAGCUGUGGGAAUGACAAGUACUUUGUGGUGUACCAGACACAGGUCCAAGAUAACCGUUGUAUGGACCGGCACUUCCUGCCCACGCGCUCCAAGCAGCUGAUGGCCCUUGCCAGCUUCCCCGGGGCUGGCAACACCUGGGCCCGCCAUCUCAUAGAGCUGGCCACUGGCUUCUACACAGGCAGCUACUACUUUGAUGGCUCCCUCUACAACAAAGGCUUCAAAGGUGAGCGAGACCAUUGGCGGAGUGGUAGGAACGUCUGCAUUAAAACACAUGAGAGCGGCAAGAAGGAGAUUGAAGCCUUUGACGCCAGCAUCGUCAUGAUCCGCAACCCUUAUAAAGCCCUCAUGGCUGAGUUCAACCGCAAGUACGGCGGCCAUAUUGGAUUUGCCUCACAGGCCCACUGGAGAGGGAAAGAGUGGCCUGAGUUUGUGAAGAACUAUGCUCCUUGGUGGGCAUCCCACACACUGGACUGGCUUCGUUAUGGGAACGUCCACGUGGUCCACUUUGAAGAGCUGAAGAGGGAGCUGUUCUCCAAGCUCAAGGACAUGGUCCUGUUUCUGGGCCUGGAGGUGGCCGAGGACCGCCUGCUCUGUGUAGAGGGACAGAAGGAUGGCAACUUCAAGCGCUCUGGCCUGCGUAAGCUGGAGUACGACCCGUACACACCCGAGAUGCGUGCUAGCAUUGACGAACUGGUCAUGACUGUAGACGCUGCCCUUAAGAAGAGGAACAUGGCCGGGGUGCCCAAGGAGUACCGACCAACUUCGAGAUGAUAUGAUCUCCUUUCCUUUCCCUCUCUCUCUCUCUUUCUCACUCUGUUAUUAUAUCUCUUUCCUUUGCACAUAUUGUUCUGGCAUCAAUGGCAUCAAUGUCCAAAAAUUCACAUGAACUGAAAAUCUAUGUGAGGAAAUACAUUUGUAUUUAAAGUACUUCCCUAUUCCCCUCCACCUCUUUAUUUGUCUCCUUAUUUCUCACAUCCCUUUUUCUUUAUUAGUUUAACUGGCUGAUUAUGACAACAGCAUCAUGAUGUAUACUGCUUUAGAAAUGACAUUUAGCUACUUGGCUGAUGAACAUGGAUUCAUUGGGGAACUCAAAUAAGGACCAAUGAGAAGCACUUCCCCCUCUAUGCACAUGUAUGUGUUGUGCACUAUGACUUAACAUUAAGGUACAGUAGCUGUGUUGGAAGCACAUCCAAGUACAUAAUGGUUGGAUUACUGUUAGCUGACCAAAAGGAGCAAAUUCCUGUUAAUCUGAAAGUGAUGAUUAAAAAGAACUGUAAGAAGUCUAUGUGUAUGCAUAAUGUAUGUUAUUGAAUAGGAUCUGCUGCUAUCACAGAUUAGAAUAACAAAUACUCUUUUAUGAAAUGGUUUAAAAAUGGUCACAAAACCUUUUAAUGGUGUGUCAUUUUCCGACUAAAUGUUUUGUUUUGUUAGAGCUGAAAUAUACUAUAUGUAUACUUCCGUUUGCUGAAUACUGUAUAUUUGAAAGCUACUGGACUUAAAAUGAGGAUGUGGUCCAAACCAGUGCCUUAGAUGGCUGCAAAACUCAGGAUCCGAUCCGUGACUUGGUUGGAGAAAGCAACCAACCAAGUUUGCGAAAGCAAACAAGGCCUAGAUUGAAUCAGAUAAAGAAUUAACUGGUGAUAGCAGACACCCAAAUAGAGGAUGAUUUGGCAAGUCAGAGGUGGAACUGCAUUGGAGCCUUCAAAUCGGUGAGCAGCUGCUCUUGCGAUCAUUGUCAUGAAGCAACACCCGCCCCACUCAAGUUAGAAGUUCAGAAUGAGAAAGUGUAGGCUAUAUAAGAAAUAAUUACGUUCAAAUGUAAAAAAUCCUUAAAUAAAAUAAUGAGGGUUUCUGUCAUCCUAAUGAAGGUGUAGAUUACAUCUCACAUUCCAGUGUUCUAAUUUUUUGAACAAUGCUGCAUAGGGUUUCUGAUAAUGCGACUCAGUGCGGUCCAAUGGCAAUGUCUGUGUUAGGUAUAAUGCCAGGAGCCACUUGUGGCUGUGUUGGCUGAGUGGAUUUGACAGCUCUAACCGCUAUCGGAUAUUGGCUAAAGCGGAUCUGAUUGAAUAGAGCCAAGUCCACCUAGAAGAGGCAGUGAAUGGGACUGAACACUCGUCUCUCCAUCCAUCCCUGCGGACACACCCACUCUUCUCCUCAUUCUUCAGAAGUAUUCCUAUGAGGAGAGCCUGAGGUGAUACAGCAUCUCUAGUUUUCUGGAGCAUUGGCCUCACAUAAAACUGUGCUGUAUCAGUCCUACUGAUGUAUUAUACAGAAGUGCUUUUUUUUUUUUUUUUUUUUUUUAACCUUUAUUUUACUAGGCAAGUCAGUUAAGAACAAAUUCUUAUUUUCAAUGACGGCCUAGGAACAGUGGGUUAACUGCCUGUUCAGGGGCAGAACGACAGAUUUGUACCUUGUCAGCUCGGGGAUUUGAACUUGCAACCUUUCAGUUACUAGUCCAACGCUCUAACCACUAGGCUACCCUGCCGGUUACUGACAACAGCUCUGGAACACUGAAUAUUAAACCCUCUAUAGUUUGUUUUGACCAACAGGCUCAAUGGAACAUUCCUGCCUCUUGUCAAGACAGCCCUUUCAAUAACGAGCCUCGAUUCUACUGAUCAACUCAUCGACUGCUUGUUCAUCCAUCUUGUCAGAGGUGGUCAGCUAACCACACUGUGCACAAUGAAUUUAUUGUGGAUUCAUUGAACGUUAUUUUCUGUAAACAGCUCUAUUUCGUAUCUACCACUUCUGCUAAAUGACUCUGCAGAACCAGUAGUUUUUUCUCAAAAUGGUGGCCUUAUUGCUUAAUAAACUGGUCACUUAAUGCAUCACCAGACGCACUAGUGUUGAGAGUGUUCUAACUUCUGAAAACAAAAUACCAAGGUUCUAGUUAUGCAAUUAAUGCAACUGCUGUGUCUGAAAUGAUAGAAUGCUUGAGAACUCAAACAGAUUUCCAUUGGACUAAUACAGUGCCUUCAGAAAGUAUUAAUACUUGUUCCACAUUUUGUUGUGUUACUGCCUGAAUUCAAAAUGGAUUACAUUAAUUUCUCACCCAUCUACACACAAUACACCAUAAUGACAAACUGAAAAUAUGCUUUUAGAAAUUUUUGCAAAUUUAUUGAAAAUUAAAUACAGAAAUAUCUCAUUUACAUAAGUAUUCACACUUUGUAGAUUGCACCUUUGGUGGCAAUUACACCUGGUUAAGUCUCUAAGUGCUUUCCACACCUGGAUUGUGCAACAUUUGCCCAUUAUUCUUUUUUAAAUUCUUCAAUCUCUGUCAAAUUGGUUGUAGAUCAUAGUUUGACAACCAUUUUCAGGGCUUGCCAUAGAUUCUAAGUAGAUUUAAAUCAAAACUGUAACUCAGCCACUCAGGAACAUGAACUAUUUUCUUGGUAAAGCAACUCCAUUGUAGAUUUGGCCUUGAGUUUUAGGUUAUUGUCCUGGUGAAAGGAGAGUUAAUCUCCCAUUGUCGGGUGGAAACCAGACUGAACCAGGUUUUCCUCUAGGAUUUUGCAUGUGCUCAGUUCCAUUCCAUUUAUUUUUAUCCUGAAAAGCUCCCCAGUCCUUAAUGAUUACAAGCAUACACUUAACAUGAUGCAGCCACCACUAUGCUUGAAGAUAUGGAGAGUGGUACUCAGUAAUGUGUAGUAUUGAUUUUCCACAAUAAUAACACUUUCUAUUCUGGACAAAAAGUUAAUUGCUUUGCCAAUUGUUUUGCAGUAUUACUUUAGUGCCUUGUUACAAACAUGAUGGAUGUUUUGGAAUAUUUGUAUUCUGUACAGGCUUCCUUAUUUUCACUAUGUCAAUUUGGUUAGUAUUGUGGAGCAACUGCAAUGUUCUUGAUCCAUCCUCAGUUUUCUCCUAUCACAGCCAUUAAACUCUAACUGUUUUAAAGUCA